AUGACCCAACCUUACGAGCCCUGCGAGUCCAAAGAACUCCCUACCCACAUUCCAUCCUUCGUGAAACCGCUCACUCCUUACGUCAAGAACCAACAAGAGGCUCUCCGUAUCCGCCAGGCCUUAACGCUAUACCUGCGAUCCCUAAUUGUCCUUGACGAUGAUACUUCCCGGGCCUCCCACCUCAAUUUAUGUGCACCCGCUGACACCGUCCUCGACGUCAAGCGCAUCCCUACCGACCUCCCCGCGUUGCGAAAAGAUUAUCUGAAAGCAUUACAGGCAAAUGUGAACGCUCGGAAAGAACUUCGUGCACUGUCAGAUGAUGUGGCAUCAUUGAGAAGUCAGAGGACAGCUCGCGCAAGCCCUGCUGACCCCGCCGAUCCGCAGGAACCCGGCGCGGAUCUGCGAGAUUAUCUCUCGCUCUUGCGGGAUCGACGCCGGCAUUCGAAGCUCCAAGUCUUCCAGCAUUACCUCGAAGAAUUUAGAGCGAAGGAGGCCACAACAAGGGAUCUGGGUCACGAGAAUCCUGAUCAUCAACUUGCAUUACCUGAAGAACUAGAUACAGGUGCGACCCGUCGGAAUGGAUCUGAUACAGAUUUAGAGGAACUGGUUCACAAGCUUGAAAGAGCCGUAUUGCGCGCACGCACACAAAUGGAUCAGGAGAAACGAUUAUUUGAGAAAGUCAAAGCCCGGAAUGACUCCAGAGAGAACCGCCCGGAAGAUGUUCCACCUGCCGUCAAGGCACAUGCAUUGCAGCAAAUCCGUGACGAGCUGGUACAAUGGGUUGAAGAACGACUUGUCAGUGAAGGAGACCCAGAUGAGAGCCUAGUACAGGACCUGCCGCCCGAGGAAAUAGAAGAAUCGCAGCGUCUUCUAGAGGAGCAAAGAGCUCAGAUAAAAGAGCAGUAUGGAGCUUAUCUACAAGCGCGACGAGAACUUCUUGAGGCUGCUUCCAGAGCUUGCCAACCAGUGACCGUGGCUGCAAAACCUGCGUCUCGUACUACAUACAAAGCCGAGAUCCUCACCGAGCAGAUGCCAGCGCCUAGUCCUAUGGAUGUUCUAUCUUACGCAAGCGAAACUCUCGUUCCCCUUUCCAAGAACCAAAAGUCGCUGGCCCUUCAAAAAUCAUAUCUCGCUGCACUUUUGGCAAAGGAGAAGUCUACAACCUUGCGUGCCCUACACCGCCUGCGCGAUGAAAGCCAUUUGCUCCCCGAGUAUCCUCUUCUUGCUCGCCAAGCCCGUUUCAAGCACGCUGUUGCAGCUCUCAACUCCAGAAAUACUUCUCAGUCGCCGGAUGAGGACCGAUCCGACGAACUGGUGAGUCUGGCAGAGGCAUGGGCAUUUGCCUCAGAAGCUGCGGCCACAAAUGAGCAAGAGUAUGUACAAGAAAAGGUGGUACUCGGGACAGAAGUGAAUCAAGAUGCACGAAAGGUCCUGGAAGAUGUGUAUGGUACCCUGAACCAAGAUCUGGAGAGUAUUUUGCACGAAGCGGAGCCGACCCAAACUACGUCAGAUAUCUGGACCUCCGAAGCUCGCACCGUGCGAGGGGUCGGCAACCACAGUGGAUCCCGGUUGGAGAAACGACCGAAGGGUCCUUGGUCGGGAUUGCACGGGCGUAUCGGAAUAGAAUGA